UAGUUUUAACCCUUUCCAAACCCCAAAUUGCUCUUCCUCUCAUCUUCUCUUUCCCUUUUCAUAACUCUCCCUUUCAACAAACCCCUCCCCUUCCAUUUCCAUUGCUAUAUCCCCCUCAAGGUCUUGUCUUUCUCAACUAUCCCUAAAUUCCCUCAACUCUCCUUCCUAAAUUAUUGCCAAAUAUAUAUGUAUAUCUUUGGUCUUUCUCAACUUUCUUAGCUAAACCAUAUGAGGUUUAUCUUGCAGCUAUAUUGGAGGCAGCUUUCUCCAUAUAUAAUUGUCACUCUCAAUUGGCUUCUGUGACAAGGAGAGGUUUUAGUUAUUUCCCCCAAAGUUCUAGUCAUUAUGUUAUUCCUCUAGGGUUUGUUUGUUUGUUUGUUUUUCUUUUUGCAAAUUCCAUAUCAAAGGGAGGAAAAUUAAAAGAGAUAUGUUUGUGUUCAAUAGUUGUAGUAGUAACGACUCCAUCUCUUUCACUGACCAUUCUUUUCUUCACUUUCCUUCUCCUUUUGAUGAUGAUGCUAAUUGUACUUCCUUUCUUCUUCAACAACAACAACCUCAACAUGAUAUUUUUCUUCAUCAUAUUCCAUUGAAUGAAGAACCAGCUGCUACUCCAUCAACAAGAAUUACUAUCAAUAAUAAUAAUGAUGUUCUUCAACAAGACUUGAUGAUCAUGGAGCAGCAAAUGAUUCAAAGGAAAAGAGCUUCAUCUAAGAGAGAUAGACACAGCAAAAUCAACACUCUUCAUGGACCAAGAGAUAGAAGAAUGAGGCUAUCCUUGCCUGUGGCUAAAGAGUUUUUUGGUCUACAAGAUAUGCUUGGUGUUGACAAAGCUAGCAAAACUGUUGAGUGGUUGCUCUUUCAAGCUAGACAUGCGAUCAAGAAACUCUCCAGGGAUCAACAAAACUUACAUCACCACGAUCGCGAUGGUGAUACGAGGAGUCCAUCGUCGGUUUCGGACGGGGAAGUCAUGUCCGGGAUUAUUGACGAAACGACCGUCGUCAAUAACGACAUCAACACCAAAGAAUUAGAAGGAGGACGAAAAGCGACGAAAAAAGAAAAGAGAAGUAGGGUUGGAAGAAAAAUGGCAUUCCACCCCCUCACGAGAGAGUGCAGAGAGAAAGCCAGAGCGAGAGCGAGAGCAAGAACGCGAGAGAAACAACUGCAAAUUGAAGCAACAUCAACAACAACAAAAUUACAACAUGUUAGCAAAAUAAGUUCAUCAUGGAUGAAUACUACCCAAAUGGAAAAUAAUGGUAAUGAGGAGCAAUUAAGAACAAGAAAUGAAGGAAUAAUCAUAGAUCAUGAAACUGAUGAUUGUUUGAUGAUCAUGGGGAGGUGGAGCCCAUCCAAUAACUCUAUUUAUUACAAUUCUCUCCAUAACAACAAUAAUGGAAGUUCCCAAGAGCAUCCAUUUGGAGACUUUCAAUUCUUUGGAAAACCAUGGGAGCCCUACAACAAUCAUAGCAUAUGUUAACUCUACUAUCUCCAAACUGAGACUGAUCCCUUCAGAGAAUCAAUUAUAUACUUUCAAGUGUGUCCAAUAAUGGUAAAUUAUUAUCAUUCUCAUAAUGCUUUGUGUUGCCUCUUCUUCAUUUCUAUCUUAUUUUCCUCUACUUGGAGUGUAUGAUUAUACAUAAAACAUCUUCAUUUUAUAAUGCCAUUUCUUUUCCUAAUUAAACUCUAGAAUGUGCAAACACAAAUUAAUUAGAGGGGAUCAACAGAAUAUCUAGGGUGGUUUGAUAACUAUUUCAAUUUUAUGUCUUGUUUUCAUCUUUAUAAACAAAAGUUUGAAUACUUUGUCAUAUUUACAAGAAGAAGAAAAAAGUUGUUAAAAACUUUUCAAAA